AUGAGCAGCAGAACAGCCAGAUUUUUCCAAUCGACGCUAUUUAGAUCGACAGCUGCCGCCGGUGCAGUCGUUGGUGGAACCAUCUUGUAUUUAGACUUUAUCAAGCCCAAGAAAAAGCCCGAGAUUGUCACUUCCUACCGGCCCUUGAAGAAGAACUACCCCGUUCCUCCUAGUAGAGAAGAUUUGGUUAAAAACUUGAGUGGCGACGAUGGCAAAAAGUUUGAUGUUUUGAUCAUUGGCGGCGGUGCUGUUGGUACUGGUUGUGCCGUUGAUGCAGCAACACGUGGCUUGAAUGUUUGUCUUUUGGAGAAAACCGAUUUUGGUUCGGGCACUUCAUCCAAGUCGACCAAGAUGGCCCAUGGCGGUGUGCGUUACUUGGAAAAGGCCAUUUUCCAAUUGAGCAAAGCCCAGUUGGACUUGGUUAUCGAGGCCUUGAAUGAAAGAGGCAACAUGUUGAGAACUGCGCCUCAUUUGUGCUCGGUUUUGCCCAUCAUGAUCCCCGUUUACAAUUACUGGCAAGUUCCCUAUUUUUUCGCUGGUUGUAAAAUGUACGAUUGGUUUGCUGGUAAACAGAAUAUUAGAAACUCAACCAUCUUGAGCAGAGAGCAGGCCGAGGCCUUGGCUCCCAUGAUGGACACCACCAACUUGAAAGCUGCUUGUGUUUACCACGACGGUUCGUUUAACGACACCAGAAUGAAUGCCACUUUGGCCAUCACUGCCAUUGACAAUGGUGCUACCGUUUUAAACUACUUCCAAGUUGACCAAUUGUUGAAGGACUCAAAGGGCCAAUUGUACGGGGUCAAGGCAACCGAUUUGGAAACCAAAAAGUCAUAUGAAAUCAAAGCCGAGUCAAUUAUUAACGCCACGGGUCCAUUUGCUGACAAAAUCUUGGAAAUGGACGAAGAUCCACAAGGGUUGCCUCCAAAGGAAGAGCAAAAGCCCAGAAUGGUUGUGCCUUCAAGUGGUGUCCACAUUGUCUUGCCCGAAUACUAUUGUCCAACAACAAUGGGUCUUUUGGACCCGGCCACUGCAGACGGAAGAGUCAUGUUCUUUUUGCCAUGGCAAGGUAAGGUCUUGGCGGGUACCACCGAUACUCCAUUGAAAACCGUUCCUGAAAACCCCACCCCAACCGAAGAAGAUAUCCAAGAUAUCAUCAAGGAGAUGCAAAAAUACUUGGUGUUCCCCAUUGACAGAAACGAUGUCUUGUCUGCUUGGUCCGGUAUUAGACCUUUGGUUAGAGACCCCGCCACCGUUCCAAAAGGCAAAGAAAGUACUGGCUCAACCGAGGGUUUGGUUAGAUCCCAUUUAUUGAUUCAAUCUCCAUCUGGCUUAGUUACCAUUUCUGGUGGUAAAUGGACCACGUAUCGAGAAAUGGCUCAAGAAACCAUUGAUUACGUGGUUAAACACUUUGAUUUCCACGGCAAAAACAUUAAACCAUGCCAGACAAACGAGUUGAUACUUAUUGGUGGUGACGACUACUCCAAGAACUACUCUGCCAGAUUGAUCCACGAGUACAAAAUCCCCUUGAAAUUGGCUAAGCACUUGUCCCACAACUAUGGCUCAAGAGCACCCAUGAUUUUGGACUUGUAUGCCUCGAGCGAUUACAAUAAACUCCCCAUUACCUUGGCUGCUGAUGAAACUUUUACUCCAAGCCACACCUCGAUUUCACCGCAAAACUCCUUGAGUUACCAAUCUUUCGAUGAGCCAUUCACCAUUGCCGAGUUGCUUUAUUCACUUAAAUACGAGUAUCCUAGAACCCCCGUGGAUUUCUUGGCCAGAAGGACAAGAUUGGCCUUUUUGAAUGCAAGAGAAGCCAUGAGUGCCGUGGACGGUGUUGUGGAGAUUAUGGCCCAAGAUUUGAAAUGGGACGAUGCCACGAAGGAAAAAUUGAGAAAAGAGGCCAGGCAAUACAUUGGCAACAUGGGUAUAUCGCCAAAGAAGUUUGAUGUUGAAAAAUUCACCAUAAAAUAG